UCAAAGAAAAAGGAAUAACUUUUUGGAUGAAAGGGCACAAAAACGCGUCCCAAAUAUACAACCUCUUUCUUUCUUUUUCCUUUUUGUUUUACUUUUAGAUGUGGAAUAAUGCCUUCAAAAUUUUGAACUGUAAAAUAAAAAUCAAAUGCCUUCAAUUUUUGGAGCUCAUUGCUUUUCUUGAACCAAACAGUCAAAUCUUGUAGCAGAGAAAGAUAACCCCACAAGUAUAAUACAUUCACUGCAACUGGGGGGGUCUGCAACUGAGAAGCCUGAGAAUAGAAAGGUAGAAGUCGCCAUUGAAGAGUUCUCCUUUGCUUCUCCUUCUACAACUUUCUUUAUAUCACGCUAUAUAUGUGCAUUUUUGUAUGUCCGAAUUUUAGGUUUUCUGCAACUCUUUGGAUGUCUUCGGGAGGAUAAAUUACUGGGUGCUUGCAGCUCAGCCUGUUAAAUCAGUUGGGACAAUCAGGUGAGGAGGUCAAGGUUGAACAUCUCUGGAGCCAAUGAAGCCCCAAAUAUGCGUUGGAACAGCCAUUCUUUUAAUUGUCAUGUUUUCAGAUGCAAUGGGUGCAUUUGUAGGAAUAAAUAUUGGUGAUGCUUCCAACCUACCAUCAGCUACAGAUGUGGUAGCAAUCCUCAAGAGCAAUCAAAUAACUCAUGUACGCCUUCUUUAUGCUGAUGCUCAGCUGCUUAAGGCUCUUGCAAACACUGGGAUUGAAGUUAUGGUUGGAGUCACUAAUCAGGAGGUCUUAGGUAUUGGAAAAUAUCCAUCAACAGCAGCAGCAUGGGUUAAUAAAAAUGUUGCAGCCUACAUGCCUUCAACCAAUAUCACGGCCAUUGCUGUUGGCAAUGAGGUCCUUACUUUGAUCCCGAAUGCUGCCCCCAUUUUAGUUCCUGCAAUGAAUUACCUCCACAGAGCCAUUGUAGCGUCAAACCUUAAUUAUCAGGUUAAAGUGUCCACCCCACAAUCAAUUGAUGUAAUCUCUAGGCCAUUUCCCCCAUCAACUGCCAGCUUCAAUUCCACAUGGAACUCAACAAUUUAUCAGCUCCUGCAGUUUUUACAGAACACAAAUUCAUAUUACAUGUUAAAUGCUUAUCCUUACUAUGGUUACAUUAACAGUGAUGGCAUAUUUCCAAUGGAUUAUGCUCUUUCUCAACCCCUUUCCUCAGUCAAACAGAUCGUUGACCCAAACACUCUUUUUCACUACAACAGCAUGUUUGAGGCAAUGGUGGAUGCUACCUAUAAUUCUAUGUCUAGUUUUAAUUUUUCUGGGAUCCCCAUUGUUGUGACUGAGACUGGGUGGCCGUGGUUUGGUGGAGCUCAUGAACCUGAUGCUACCCUAGAGAAUGCUGAAACCUUCAAUAAGAACUUGGUCCAGCGUGUUUUAAAUGGUUCUGGUCCCCCUAGUCAGCCUACUAUUCCCAUCAAUACUUACAUAUACGAGUUGUUCAAUGAAGACAAGAAGCAAGGACCUGUCUCAGAGAGAAACUGGGGCCUCUUUUAUACCAAUGGAACUGCUGUAUAUUCUCUGAGUUUGAGUACUUCUGGGCAAAUGACUGGGGGUUCUUCCUCGGUUUUUUGUAUUGCAAAGCAAGGUGUGGACCCCGAUAAGCUGCAAAAUGGGCUGAAUUGGGCUUGUGGGCAAGGUCAUGCUAGUUGCAGUGCUAUUCAAUCAGGAAAGCCAUGUUAUUACCCUGACAACAUACGAAACCAUGCUUCUUAUGCUUACAAUGAUUACUAUCAGAAAAUGCAUAGUGUUGGUGGAACCUGUGACUUCGAUGGUACUGCUACAACAACUGCUGUUGAUCCCAGUUAUGGAUCCUGUAUUUUCACCGGAAGCUCAAAUUCAACUUCUCAUGGAGUAAUACCGCCUACUGCUGCAUUUGGACCAAUUGCUUCUCUGACUGGAUUGAGUUCAAGGGUUCAAAUUCCUCAGAUUAAGUCACUGAUUUUCCCCUUUUUCAUUCCUUUGCUAUUAGCUGAUUUGUACCACGCUUGAGUAAUUAUUUGUACCCUUGAAGCCUCCAAUAACUAAACCAUGAGAAACCUGACAGUAUAGUUUGAUUGAUGCAAUAUUCACAUAUAUAUAUAUUUUUUGUGGGUUAAUCAUGGCUUUUAAGAAAUUUUGAUGCUA